AUGCCUUUUCAUAUCACUGCUAAGUUACUCUCUUGGAGAUCAUUCCUCCUGCUACCGUUUAGGGCCCUGCUGGGUCGUCGCUCUUCGUCCCAUUUCACCCCAUUGGGCGACAGUGAAACAGCUGAAACUCAGGGGAUAUGUAAAUACGAUGUGUUUAUCAGUUUCAGAGGUUCCGACACACGCAACACUUUUGUUGAUCAUCUUUACCAUCAUCUCAUCAGAAAGGGCAUUUUCGUCUUCAAGGAUGACACACAGCUCCACAAAGGACAACUCAUUUCACCGCAGCUUGUACAAGCAAUUAAAAACUCAAGAGUUUCUAUUGUUGUUUUUUCUAAAGAUUAUGCUUCCUCGUCAUGGUGUUUGGAUGAAAUGGCUACUAUUGCUGAAUGCCAUCAACAAUUCAAACAAAUUGUUUUCCCUGUUUUCUAUGAUGUCGAUCCAUCUCACGUGCGAAACCAGAGUGGGGUGUACGAGGAUGCCUUUGUUCUACACACAGAGAAGUACAACCAUGAUCCAGCCAAGGUUGGUCUAUGGAAGAGAGCUAUGACGGGCUUUGGUAGAUCAGUUGGUUGGGAUGUCAGGAAUAAGCCGGAGUUUGGAGAGAUUAAAAAACUUGUUCAAGCGGUGAUAGAAUCAUUGGGUCAUAAAUUCUCAGGGUUCGCUGAUGACCUUAUUGGGAUACAAACUCGCGUCGAAGCAUUAGAAAGAAUUUUAAAAUUACACUCAAAGAAUGAUGAUUUUCGAGUUUUAGGAAUUUGGGGGAUGGGUGGAAUUGGAAAGACAACUCAUGCUACUGUCUUAUAUGAUAAAAUUUCUUAUCAAUUUGACGCCUGUUGUUUUAUUGAGGAUGUAAGGCAAAUUUAUAAAGAUGGUGGUGCUAUUGCUGUACAGAAACAAAUUCUUUAUCAAACUCUAGACGAAGUAAAUCUAGAGGAAUACAGUCCUUCCGAAAUAUCUGGAAUCAUACGAAAUAGGCUACACAACAUAAAGGUUCUUCUAGUUCUUGACAAUGUUGAUCAAUUAGAACAACUGCAAGAAAUGGCUAUAGAUCCUAAAUUGCUUCACACAGGAAGUAGAAUGGUCAUUACCACUAGAGAUGAGCAUAUUCUAAAAGUGUAUGGAGCGAAUGUAGUGUACAAUGUUCCACUAUUGAAUGAUAGUGAUGCUUGCCAACUCUUUUAUAAGAAAGCCUUCAAAAUUGAUGAUCCCACCAACAGGCAUAUGGAGAUGAUUCCGAAGGUACUCAAGUAUACUGAACGUCUUCCGUUAGCAAUUAGAGUAGUGGGUUCUUUCUUGUGUACCCGAGAUGCUAUCCAAUGGAGAGAUGCCUUGGAUAGGCUGAGGAGUAAUCCAGACAACAAAAUUAUGAAUGUGCUUCAAAUGAGUUUUGAGGGAUUACAGCCAGAGGAAAAAGAAAUAUUUCUGCACAUUGCUUGUUUCUUUAAUGGGGAGAAGAAGGAUUAUGUAAAGCGAAUUCUACAUGCUUGUGGAUUACACCCUCACAUUGGAAUUCCAGUUAUCACUGAGAAAUCACUCAUAAACAUUAGAAACCGGGAAAUUCAUAUGCAUGAAAUGUUGCAAGAAUUGGGAAAGGAAAUUGUUCGGCAACAAUUUCCCAAAGAUCCAGGGUCGUGGAGUAGGCUUUGGCUUUACCAAGAUUUUCAAGAUGUCUUGAUGACAGGAACGGGAACAAACAAGGUUAAAGCCAUAGUUGUAGAUAAAAAAAAGGAUAUCCCUGAGUACUAUCAGUUGAGGGCUGAAGGAUUGUCUAUAAUGAGGGGCCUUAUAAUUCUUAUACUAUAUGAUAAGAAUUUUUCUGGAAGCCUUAAUUUUCUUUCUAACAGUCUGAAGUAUCUUCUGUGGCAUGGUUACCCUUUUACUUCUUUGCCUUUAAAUUUUGAGCCCUAUCAUCUUGUUGAACUGAAUUUGCCCAAUAGCAACAUCCGGCAACUAUGGCAAGGCUUCAAGUAUCUCCCCUGUUUGAAAAGGUUGGAUCUAAGCAAGUCCAAAUAUCUUUUUGAGACGCCAAAUUUUGAAGGAUGCCGAAGACUUGAAUGGCUAGAUCUCACUGGAUGCACAAAUCUACUGCGGGUCCAUCCAUCAAUUGGACUUCUUGAAAAACUUGAUUUUUUGAGUUUGGAAGGGUGUAGCAAUCUGGCCAGCCUGAACAUUGGCACUGAAUUUAAUUUAUGUUCUCUGAGAGUUCUACACCUCUCUGGCUGCGUAGCACUUGAAAGCACGCCAGAUUUUACAGAAUUCUCAAAUCUCGAGUACCUUGACAUUGAUCAAUGUAUGAGUUUAGCAUUGAUUGAUCAAUCUAUUGGGAAUCUUACAAAACUUAAAUUCUUGAGUUUGAGAGACUGCAUAAAUGUUUUUAGUAUACCCCAAAGCGUGAAUAGUAUGACAUCGCUUAUAACUCUAGAUUUAUGCGGCUGCUUAAAACUUGAGAAGCUUCCCUUGUUGGGACAGAUAUCUGUGUCUGCAGAACUCAUGCCUUCUCAAUGUCUGGAAUACUUGAUUUUUUUGGACCUAGGCUUCUGCAACCUAAAUAUAGUCUCCAAUGGUAUUGGAGACUUAAUGUGUCUAGAAAGGCUAAAUCUAGAGGGUAACAACUUUGUUACAUUACCACAUAUGGGUAGGCUUUCGCGUCUGGCAUAUUUAAACAUAGCGCACUGCAACAAUCUUCAAGUUUUACCUGCGCUUCCUCAUGCUACUUCAUUAGGGGGAAGGUAUUUUAAAACGGUAUCUGGAUCUCAUAAUCAUAGGUCAGGCUUAUAUAUUUUUGAUUGUCCCUUUUUCGACUAUCUAAAACAAAGUCAAGACUUGGGUUUUUGGUGGCUACAAAGACUUGUUAAGAAUCCUUGUCAUUUCCGAUGCGGCUUUGACAUUGUCAUACCUGGGAAUGAAGUUCCACCGUGGUUUUCCCAUCAAUAUAUGGGAGGUUUAAGCGUAAGGGUAGCAAACAUUAUGAACGAUCAGUGGCUUGGCGUUGCCUUUUGUGCAGCUUUUGAAAAAUAUGAUCAUCCCAUAAUGGGUUCUUCACCUCUUUUUUAUCUUUCUUUUGAAAGUGAACACGUGGAAGAAAGCCUUUACAUGCCACUUCGUUUAGACCUGAACAAGGUAGAUGGCUUACAUUCAAAACAUCUUUGGCUAAUCUAUAUAUCUCGGCCACACUGCCACUUUGUGACAACAGGAGCAUCCAUCUCAUUUAAAGCUCAACCAGGUUUGAAGAUAAAAGAAUGGGGCUUACGCAUGGUAUUCGAGCAAGAUGUCUUUGAUCCAAAUUUUAUUGAUCCAGUAGAUGGUUUUUGUUAUGAUUAUGCACAUGAAAGUAGCAGCAGCACUGGGCCUAAAAUCCAGCUUCCCUAUAAUUGGUUGCUUACUGAGGAUGUGCAUGGAAGCAGCAGCAACUCUGAGUCUAAAUUACAGCUUCCCUAUAAUUGGUUUGUUACUGAGGAAGAAGAAAAUGAGACUAUUGAAGUGAAUGCAAAAGAAAAUAAUCUCUCUAGUAUGGGCCUUUCCACACGCCAAUCACUGUGA